AUGAGCCACCUCUUCAGUCCCCCGCUGGCCGCUCUUGCUGCCUCGCCGUUGCUGUACGUGUACAGCCCCGAGAGGCCCGGGCUGCCCCUGGCCUUCACCCCUGCCGCUGCGCUGGCCGGCCCUGGCCGCGCCGAGCCCCCGCAGAAGCCGCCCUACAGCUACAUCGCGCUCAUCGCCAUGGCGAUCCAGGACGCGCCCGAGCAGAGGGUCACACUGAAUGGCAUCUACCAGUUCAUCAUGGACCGUUUCCCCUUCUACCACGACAACCGCCAGGGUUGGCAGAACAGCAUCCGCCACAACCUGUCGCUCAACGAGUGCUUCGUGAAGGUGCCUCGUGAGAAGGGGCGGCCGGGCAAGGGUAGCUACUGGACACUGGACCCUCGCUGUCUGGACAUGUUCGAGAACGGCAACUACCGGCGCAGGAAAAGGAAGCCCAAACCCGCCGCGGGUUCCCCGGAGGCCAAGCGCACCCGGGCGGAGCAGUCGGAGGCCGAAGUGGGCUGUAAUUCAGGGUGUCCGGGCCUGGUUACUGCACGCCCUCCGCGCGCACCGGAUCGUGCUCAGUCCCCGACGGGAGGCACCGCGCGGCCCGCGCUCCUUCCCUGGUCCCGCCCAGAGCCCUGGGACCCCGACGCGGACCGUACAGCCCAGGGCGUGGGGGCAGUGGCGGGUGGCCAGCGUGAGCGCACUGUGCACCGCCCGGGAUCCCCUCUGCGCCCCGCCCCCAGCGGCUCCCCCAAGGGUUCCAAGUCUAAGAGCUUCAGCAUCGACAGCAUCUUGGCCGGGAGGCCAAAGCCGGCCUCAGGGGCAGAGGCCUCGGGGGUCCCAAAGUCCGUGCCGGGCUUGCUGGGCGCCUCGCUGCUGGCCUCCUCCUCCAGCCUACCACCUCCCUUCAACGCUUCGCUGGUGUUCGACCCACAUGUCCAGGGCGGCUUUUCCCAGCUGGGAAUCCCCUUCCUUUCCUAUUUUCCUCUGCAGGUCCCUGAGGCCGCCGUGCUUCGCUUUCAAUAA